UACUGCGUCUGUGGUGGCGAAUGGAAAGUUAUUAAAUCUGGUGUUUUUAUUUAGCUCUUUGUUAUUAUCCUCUUGGAAAUACGUUGUACUAGGUUAUGUUAUUAAAUGCAUAAUGGAAAGUAUGUAAUGGGGCAGAAUGGACCAAUAAAUGGUUAUGAUGAUGAUAUUUGAAAAAGCGGUCAACUUGUGAAAUGCUAAAUAUUUAAUGAUUAAUUAUGGUCAAAGGCAAAAAAUACUAAAAACGCUAUAAAUGUCACCAAUGUCGCUUAUAAUCGAGAAACAUGAUUUUCAUGCAUUGGCGAUCCUGGCCAUGUUUAUAGAUAUACAAUCUUCGGCUUGCUUAUUAUAGUAGCGUCUGUGUUAAGGUUGAUGUUUGUGUGACGUUACGGUGUUUGAUUGCAAUGGAAGGGGGUGGAGAGGCGUCAGGUGCGAUGGUUCCGGUAAACAAUAAUGAUUCAAGCAGUGAAGAUGAAGGUGAUACUAAGGACGACGACAUUCAACAGAAGUUUGAUACCGCCUUGCCUGCGAAACAUACCUAUCUGGGAGACCUCGAAGAAGUGAGAGGAAGAAUUGUAUUAGAUGAUGGUUCGUUGCAGACAAUCCCAAUUCUUCCUCAGCCUGGAGUUGUCUUGGUGCCAGGACAGACUCUACCACUUACAGUUUUUUACCCACCAACAGUCAGUAUGCUACGGCGAAGUAUCAACACUGAUCGAAUAUUUGGCGUAAUUUGUAUAAAGUAUGUAAAUUCAUCUCCUGCGACGAUAGCGAAUGUUGGGACAACAGCGGAAAUAUACGAAUUCCAGGAUGAGGAGUCUGACUUCGGUUUCCGUAUCAAGGCAAAGGGGAGGCAAAGGUUUCGGGUGAUUGAGUCAAAUCGACAAGUCGAUGGGAAUAUAAUAGCAAAGGUUAAAAUAUUACCAGAAGUUAUUUUGCCUGACCCUUUGAAGGAAAUUAAACACCUUUCACUGAAUCGCCUGAGACAAUUCAAAAAUCUGCAGCAGUGGUCCUGUUUAAAUGCUCGAGAUGCUGUACAAACACGUUGGCCAAUUUGGGUGUAUAUGCAGUACCAGACAGAAUAUUUGAUACCAAGAAUAAUGCAUCACUUGCAGCAUGUAAGCAGUGGAAGAAGUAAUGUAGCGAUUCCAAAGGAUCCCGUAGAAUUAUCUUUCUGGGUGGCACAAAACUUGCCUAUUGUUGAUGAACAGAGGCUUAGGCUGCUAAGCAUUAAUUCAGCUGUUCAACGUCUUCGACUUGAACUUUGUAUAUUAGAAAGGUGUAAACUAUUUUGUUGCAGUGAUUGUGGCACAAUAGUUGCCAGAAAACGUGACGUAUUUCCCAUGUCUGUUGAAGGCCCUCAGGGUACGUAUGUAAAUCCUGGUGGCUAUGUACAUGAGACUAUGACACUGUAUAAAGUACAAGGGUUAGAGCUUUUGAGUGAGGAGCCAGAUACUGAAUAUUCAUGGUUCCCAGGUUAUGGGUGGACAAUAGCUCAAUGUAGGCAAUGCCAUAAACACAUGGGGUGGAAAUUUACUGCAGUGAAAAAAGGUCUAAAACCAGAUACAUUCUGGUGCUUAUGUCGCAGGUCACUUGCACCAAAAUUGUCACCACAAGAUGAUGAUGAUGAAACAAUGCUUGUCAUUCAGCAAUCUGCAAUACUGACUCAUGGAGGAAAGGGACAGAGAAAGACUCGCCAUAGUAUGCUGUAAUUAAAUAUAUGUGUGAGUAAUUUCUGUACAAAAAUCUGCACACUUUGUAUUGCAAA